AUGUAUGCUAUUUCCAAUUUUCAUAAGAUUUUCACCAACAUCAAGUCUUUAACCUAUAAAAUAAAUACAAUCACUGUUAAAUAAGAGUUCAAGCAUGGCACUCAAAUAAAAUAAGAACAUUUUGAUAUAAUUGGUACUAAUAACAAUUUUAAAACCUUCAAUGGAUUCUUUGAUCUAACGAUCAUUCACAGAUAAGUAAAAUAAGACAUCUCAAAGAUAGGAUAGAUAUAUACUGAUGGUAAUAAAAUUCUUGACAAAUUGAAUGGAUCAAAGAUGUUGAAAGAAUUAUCAAUAGUGUAAAAUGAAAAUAUAGAAUAGUAGUAUAAAUUGAUACAAUAAUUCGAAAAUCUAGAAAUUUUGCUUAUCAAGUUAGAAAGUUGUAUAUAUGAUAAUACACUUUCAACGCUGUUUAAUAUUGCUCUUGAUAAAAAGUUAAAACUUAGAAUAUUAUGUCUUGAAUGGACCAAUUAUUGGCAUGCUUUUGCACCUGAUUAAUUAAUUAGAAUUCUAAAGGAGAAUUAUCUACCAAGCCUUGAAAUACUAAGACUUGUUCACAAUGGUCUUGAAAUCACAGUUGUUGAGAAGAUUGCAAAAGUUUGCAAAUAAAGAAAGUUGCUUUUGGAAAUUCCUAAUAUUUUUAGUUCUCAAGGAUACAAUCGAAUCUUGAAAUCUAACGAAAAUCUAUUUAUUAAGUCCAUAUCUGAUUAGCAUUUUUGA